UAAAAAUUGAACUUUCAAUAAUAGUUAACCCAAAACAAACUGGCCAUAAAAAGUCUAAACGCAGAGGACGGGGGAGCGUGUCCACAAUCCAUGGCGAAUGCUGUAGAAAAUCUUGAAGAAACCUUGAAACCCUUUUACCAGAGAGCUUCAGAAGCUGAGGACCGUUUGGCAAGACUUGAAGCCUCCCUUGUCAUCAAGAACAGUUCUGGAAAUAAUGAGGAAUUGGUAAAAAUGGUUCGAGAACUCCAGGAAAAGUUGGAUGCUGCGAAAGUCGAACUUGUUGCAGAGAAAGAGAAGGGUCUCAAAGAAGUGCAAAAGCUCAAUGCAGAAAAUGCAAAACUCCAAAACCGUAUUAUACAUCUUGUACGAGCCUUAAGGGAAGCUGAUAGCAAAAUAGCAUCAAACCAAGGCUGCCGGUGAAAUUUCUUAUUCUAUUUUGUGGCCCAAACUAGAUGGUAAGUUUUCUAUGUAGUUUCCCAAUUCAUUUUUUUUCCUGGUGAUAGUUUGAUACAUUUCUUGUUACAUGGUAUGGUAAUAUAGUGGUCAUUUGAAUUCUAGUUCUUUAUUACCAGUUGCUUACCAUAAAACCUCAAGCUCAGUUGAUUAUUGAUGCACUCCAGUUUAGUUCUCCUAGCCCUUAUGUUCAUGUAAACUAAAAGGCUAGCUAUGUAUCCUCAAUGGCCUUCGGGGCAAUAUGAGGUGUAUGAUAUAUUGUUGAAGUCUAUGCCACUUGGGUUCCAUUAGUUCUAUUUUCCCAGAAAAUGGUAUUUAGGUUUUUCUUAUGCCUUGCACCGGAAAACAUUCUCUACAAGGAAAAUAUAUUCAGGACUCUGAACAUUUGAGGAAAACAGGAAAUCCUCUUCUUAAAGCAGUUUGGUCUGUUAACUG